AUGCAACGCCUCGAUCUCUCCGACCUCCCUAACGAGAUCCUCGACCAAAUCUUCUCCCUCCUCCCCGUCCCUGACGCGCCCGACAUCGCGCCCACCGUUAAGUCUCUCAACUACGUAACCGACACGCUCGCCGAGCCUCAAUGGCGACGUGCCGAGUCUUCCCCACCUCUAAUCGAAGAGAUUGCACCAGAGGAAUACACUUGGAACGCAACCGAUCACCCCCGUAACUGGCUACCGCACUACGUUAGCCAUCCUGAGGGUUCAGGUCGGAUCAAUCUCCUAUCUCCGGAGUGGUACCAGUACCGCUACCGGCCGCUGAUCAGCUACCACCGGCGGUCAACCAAACAAAUCGCCCUCGACCGCGAGCGCUACGAGGAGAUUUUACUCGACCAAGCCGAGUUCCUAGCUGUCGACGACACGCCCAAACGUGAUCACGAAGGCAUCGUCAUGUGUCUAGAAAAGUUCUCAGCGCUUGAGAACAUCACACUUGCUGCGUGCAGGGAGAUGAGCCUGGCUGCGCCGCUGAACUCGGUGCCGCUGCACAGCGAUAGGAUCCCAUUCCGGUACGCACCUUGGCAGACGGCGUUUCCGAACAUUUCCACGCCCGAGACCGAGGAGAGGGUUAUGCGCUCCUUGGUUGGGUACCUCGAAGAUCAGUCGGUGCAGGGAAGGUCGUUUUUGAAGACGCUGCAGAUCAAGAACCUGUCUUGGUGCGUACUGGACGCGCCGGGACUCUUCUCCACCUCGAUUGUUGGACCCGCGCUGGCGAACUUGACCACGCUGGAGAUCCAGAUCCGUCAUGGAAAUCCGAUCCACGUGGCGGCGAACGAGUGUAUCCCUCCCAUGUCCCAGGCGAGGCUUUCCCACGUCAUGUCAUCAGGGCGUGUCCGCGAGUUCUUGAAGGCGCUGCCAAACUUGCGACACCUGACGUUUGAAAGGGAUAGAGUGUGGUACCGCGACGAGCAAACAUUUCCAGAGGGACACUGGUACAGGUGGUCUCUGGGGGAUAUCAUCGACCCGGAAUUCCAGUGGCCAUACUUGCAGUCACUGUCAUUGUCACAUUUCGACAAUUGUGAGAGGCAAGAUAUCGAACGCAUCAUGGAAAACCACACCGAUACGCUUUGGAAGGUGUCACUCGGAGAUGCUACUCUCAGGACAACGUCGUGGGUGAAUGUGGUGGACUACUUUUAUCAGGAGAACCAGAAGCGGAUUGCUGGAUAUGAUGACAAGCCCUUGUACCAUCUUGAGCUAUGGGGCUGCCUCAGAGGUACCAGAGAAAAGGAUAUCUCGGGGAACCGGAACCCGGACGCCAUGGAUCACGCGGGAGAGGGAGAAAGGUGGUCUUUCUGGCGCGGGGAGACGCAUAGCUGGGAACCCGCGAGGUACGUGUAUGGGAUUGCCUUCCAGGUGUCACUCUUCGCACGGGAACAUAAAGCACUCUAUGCUCGUGUACUCGCCGGUCAGCGUGAGAAAGGGCUCAGAGGGCUAGAGGCUUGA